GCGUCCCGUCCGUGGUCACACAGCAGGUCCCUCGUAACGCAAAAAUCCCGGCGCCCAGGCCCCUGCAAACAAAGGCUCCCAAAGGCUAACUACUAGCAGAUAGUCCCCUGGUCAACGCGCUGUCACGUCCCUACCGCGUAAAUUGAGGAAGGCGGCGUGCCAAGUAUCACACAUUUCCGUCUCCAUCUCUUUCCGCCUUCCUCCUUCCUCCAUUGCCUCACCUUCACUUCCCUGGCCCUGUCACCUGCACAGCAAUCAAUCUAAUCCACUCCCCUCCUACCCCAUACAAAAAUCUUUCCACUGCCCAUUGAGAAAUAAUCAUGGCAGGAAAAAUACCUGCUAAGCCCUCCCCAGGCCUUGCAACAAAGGGCGUCAAGAAGACAUUGGCAUCCGUGCCGAAACAGAAGUCGCUGCAUUCCUUCUUUGGCAAGAAGGCGGGCACAGCUACUCCUAAGGGACAAUUCGAAGAUACUCCGGCGCCGUCUAGUGAUCCCGUCCUUCCAUCUUCUCCGAUUCGCCGAAGGGAUGUUGCUCCGCCUUCGGUUGGCAAACAGAAUGCUCGGACCAAUCUGCCUAUUCUUCCUCCGAGCCCAGCUGGUGGACGGCGUGCUACGAAAGCCAGAACUUGUGCCGAGGAGCUCAGCGACGACGACGAGGAUAUCCCAAUGAGGGCACCGAAGCGCAGAAGACGGGUUGCCCUCGACUCUGACGACGACGACUUCAACGACGCGGGAGGCAAUGUCUCAGAGGUCGACGAUGACAAUUUUGUAGUUCCCGACGACGACGAAGACGACGGUUUCUCUGGCGGCAAGAGGAAGCGCGGGAAGAUUCCGAGCAGAACCCCAAGCAAGACGCUUUCAAAGUUCUCGAGCCAGACGCCUCAGAGGUCGAGCGCUGCUACUGGUCUUACUCCGGCUACGUCGCGGUUCGCUUUCACGCCCGGUGGUGAUAAGAAAGCAUGGACCCCGUCGGCCAACAAGGGGACUCCGAGACAGAACGCUACCAACUCCAACAAGGGCGGAAAGGAAGCAGGGAGAUACCACUGGCUCGUGGACGUGCGAGACGCAGACAAAAAUCGCCCUGAUCAUCCGGACUAUGAUCCUCGGACUCUUUUCAUUCCGUCCGAGCAGUGGCCCAGAUUCAGCCCCUUUGAGAAGCAAUACUGGGAGAUCAAGUCAAAGCUGUACGAUACGGUGGUGUUCUUCAAGAAAGGAAAGUUCUAUGAGCUGUACGAGGACGACGCGACGAUUGGCCACCAAGAGUUCGACCUCAAGCUCACGGACCGUGUCAACAUGAGGAUGGUCGGAGUGCCAGAGUCGAGUCUCGAGAUGUGGGCAUCGCAGUUCGUUGCGAAAGGACACAAGAUUGCCAGGGUUGAUCAGCGAGAAACUGCCCUCGGCAAGGAGAUGCGCGAGAAGGGCGGGAAAUCUUCCAAAGGAGAUUCGAUCAUCAAGAGAGAACUUGCAUGUGUUUUGACCGGGGGAACUCUGGUCGAGGAGGCCAUGCUUCAGGAUGAAAUGUCUACCUUCUGCGUUGCCAUCAAGGAGGACGACUCGACGGAAACCCCGUCGUUUGGAAUCGCGUUUGUCGACACGGCCACAGGUUCCUUUUCGUUGUCCGAGUUUGUGGAUGACGUCGACUUGACCAAGUUCGAGACGUUCGUUGCACAGAUUCGCCCCAAGGAAUUGAUUCUCGAGAAGGGUGCCAUCUCGAAACGUGCUAUUCGCAUCUUGAAGAACAAUACUGCCGUGACAACCAUCUGGAACAAGCUCAAGCCCGAGAAGGAGUUUUGGGACGCCUCGACGACUGUGCGGGAGGUGAAUUCGCGCGGCUAUUUCGAAAAGGACGACGGUGAAUGGCCGGAUGUGUUGCACAGUAUGGUGUCCAAGCAACUCGCGAUGUCGGCGAUGGGCGCACUAUUGUGCUACUUGCAAUCGCUCAAAAUCGAUCAUGAACUCAUGACCCUGAAGAAUUUCCAGACUUACGACCCCAUCCGGAAGGCCACCUCGUUGGUUUUGGACGGAAAGACGUUGCUGAAUCUCGAGAUAUUUGCCAACUCGUACGAUGGUUCUGCCACUGGGACUCUGUUUCCAAUCCUCAACAAGUGCAUCACGCCCUUCGGAAAGCGGAUGCUGAAGCAAUGGGUUUGCCACCCGCUGCUGGAUCCUGCCAAGAUUGACGCCCGUCUCGACGCCGUUGACGCUCUCAACGCUAAUGACACUUUCCGCGACGUUUUUACGUCUCAAUUGAGCAAGCUACCUGAUCUAGAACGUCUGAUAUCGCGUGUUCACGCUGGUAGCAGUCGCGCAGUCGACUUUCUUCGUGUUCUGGAGGGCUUUGAACGCAUCCAGAGCGCAGUCGAGGAGAUCAAGCUCUAUGGUUCCGGAGAAGGCCUGAUCGGCCAGCUGUUGUCGAAGAUGCCGGAUUUGGAGGCACUGUUGAAACCGUGGGCAACUGCGUUCGAUCGUGAGAAGGUGAAGGAGAAUGGUGUUCUCGUGCCGGAGAGCGGCGUCGAGGAGGACUUCGACGCAUCACAGGACACCAUCGAAGAUAUCAUCUUGCAGUUGAAUCAAGUACGCGAUAAGUACAGCAAAGAAUAUAGGUGUCCGGAGAUGAGGUAUAUUGAUAGUGGUAAGGAGAUUUACGUGCUGGAGGUUCCUGUCAAGUAUACGAAGAACUUGCCCAAGACCUGGCAGCAAAUGUCAGGAACUGUCAAGCUGAAGCGUUACUACACCCCUGAGACCAGGAAGCUUGUGCGUUCUCUGCAGGAAGCGCAAGAAACUCACAGUCAGAUCGUCAAGGAGGUGGCUAGCCGUUUCUACGCACGUUUCGACGAGGAGUACAACAACUGGCUUCUGGCCGUUCAGGUCGUCGCUCAGCUCGACUGUUUGAUCGGUCUGGCCAAGGCGUCGGCUUCACUCGGUGGUACCAGCUGCCGUCCCACGUUUGUCAAUGACAAGAGGACUGUUCUUGACUUCAAGGAGCUUCGCCACCCUUGCAUGACUACAAACGUUGAUAACUUCAUUCCAAAUGACAUCCAGCUCGGAGGGGAUCGUCCGAAGAUCACCCUUCUUACCGGAGCGAACGCGGCUGGAAAGUCUACCGUUUUACGGAUGAGUUGCAUCGCUGUCAUCAUGGCGCAGAUUGGAUGCUACGUUCCCUGCGAGUCCGCCCGACUCACCCCCAUCGACCGUAUCAUGAGUCGCCUGGGAGCGAACGACAACAUCUUCGCGGCGCAGAGUACGUUUUUCGUUGAGCUUACCGAAACGAAGAAGAUCCUAGCAGAUGCCACGCCACGCUCACUAGUGAUUCUGGACGAGCUCGGUCGCGGAACUUCUUCCUACGACGGUGUUGCAGUGGCGCAAUCGGUUCUUCACCACAUCGCUACUCACAUUGGAUGUAUUGGAUACUUUGCGACCCAUUACCACUCUCUCGCGACCGAGUUUUCGACUCACUCCGAGAUUCGCCCUUGCCGCAUGAAGAUCGAUGUUGACAACAAUAUCCGUGACAUCACGUUCUUGUACAAGCUUGAGGAAGGUGUUGCUGAGGGGUCGUUCGGAAUGCACUGCGCUGCCAAGUGUGGAAUCAACAAGCGCAUCAUCGACAGAGCCGAGGAAGCUGCGCGUCUGUUCGAGCACACUUCCAAGCUGAAGGACAGUCUCGAGGCAGCUCGUGCUGGUGUUUACAUCCCGCUAGGUGUCCAGAGCGAUAUUGCCCUCCUCCUCUGUUCUGACGAAGAAGUGAGCGCUGAUGCCAUGGCUGCCAUCGAGCGCAGCAUUGAGGCUUUGUGAACGGCCGCCUCUUCACGUUCAGAUAACUGUAUUUCGUUUGAUGCUCAAUAGGUUUCAAUAGGUUUCACUACUGUGCCUGUAAUUUUCCGUCUUGUUCGUACACUUGGUCUGUUAGUACUUUGUUUGGCAUUACUUACUCUAUCUGUUACAUUUUGCUGGGCGCUUGGCAUUGUUAUGAGUUGUAACAACAUAGGUAUAACUUCUUCUGGAAGUCCUCUGAAGCUGAAUCUACACCUCACGGGAACUCUUCCUGAUUAUUACGGUGAGG